AUGUCUACCGACUCCAUACCAACGACCCAAACGGCAGCCUGGAUCGGCGAGCCCGGCCCAGACUGCGUCCUCCAAAUCCGCAACGAUGUGCAAGUCAAGCAGCCUGGCGCGAACGAGGUCCUCGUCAAGAUCGAAUGCUCCGGCAUUUGCCACUCUGAUUGCCACGCGCUCCGAGUCAAGGGAAAGUACGAACAAGUACCCGGCCACGAAGGAGUAGGGAAAGUCGUGAAGCUAGGCCCCGGAGUCUCCCAAGAUCUGCUGGGCAGGAGAGUAGGCGUGAAGUGGCUCUGGAGCGCGUGCAAAGAGUGCACGAGCUGCAGAGCCGGCAAGAUCAACCACUGUGCCAAGCAGGUCAACUCUGGUCGCCAGGUGUGGGGUACGCUGCAGCAGUACACGGUCGCGCAUGCAGACUUUGUCACACCCAUCCCGGACGGUGUCAAGAGCGAAAUCGCUGCUCCGCUGCUAUGCGCUGGUCUGAGUCUAGCGGGCGCCGUGUCCAAACUCGCGCCCGACGUCGUGCCGGGCGACUACGUUGCCAUUGUGGGUGCUGGAGGCGGACUGGGGCAUAUCGGCGUGCAAAUCGCGAGUCUGAAGGGCUACAAGGUCAUCGGCAUCGACAGCGGCGCGGACAAGGAGAGGCUGUGCAAAGAAAUGGGAGCCGUCGGGUUUGUCGACUACGCGAAGCAGGACGUCGUGCAAGCCGUGCAGGACCUGACGGACGGCGAGGGCGCACACGGCGUCAUCUGCGUUGCGGGAAGCGAGCGCGCGUACGAUCAGGCUCCCGCGCUGGUCAGGAACAGCGGCGUCUUCGUGUGUGUGGGUCUGCCGCCUGAUACGUACAUGUUCCCCAUGUCGCCCAUUCACAUCGCCAACAGGGGGUUGAUCAUCAAGGGUUCUUCCACUGGUACCGCGGAGCAGAUGGAGGAGCUGCUCCAGUUUGCGUUGCAGGGCAAGAUCACACCUAAGAUUGAGAUGUACGACUUUGCGGAUUCGCCGAAGAUCAUAGAGGAGUUGAUGCGGUAUGAGGUGACUGGGCGGAAGGUGGUACGUGUGCCGUGA